AUGCAUUAUCCAUCUUCCAACCUCUCAUCUUUCAUCACAUAUUCGACCAUGGCAAAUUUUUCUGAUCUUCCUCGGGAGAUUCGAGACAUGAUUUGGCCACUCGUCCUUCGAGAUAAUCACCCAGGUGUUCACAUCUUCGGGCACUACGACGAGAACAAGAAAGGCAUGGCUGAGGGUCGUUCUCUCAUGCAUGGCAACCUCUUCAGUGGUAUUCUAUCCGAGCCGUCACCCGACAGAUACUUCAACAGCCUGGACAAGGACCGCAAGAACGAGAACAUUUCCACGUAUCUCAUCGACGGUGCAAUGUGGAAUACCUGUAAAGAGUCGCGACUCGCCAUCGAAAAGCAUUUCAGCCAGUAUGAGUGGCCUGUCGAUGGAUUGCGGCGUUUUUUACGACGUGAUACUAGAGAGUGGCGUCCGUAUCCUUACUGGUUGGUGUUUCAGGUGCCUUCCACAGGAUACUUCGAAGGAGGCUCCCCGCACUACUUGACGGUGUUCCCUCGCAGAGAUCUCUUCAUCUUCCAAUUUGAUAAACUGGACGGUAUCGAUUGGCACUUCGUUGGGUCUCGUCCAACGCGAGGGGAACUCCGGCCUUCCUGGAGAAGACUCCAGCACAUUGCAAUUGAGUAUGAUCCUCAGUGGGGGGACGAAAUAUCCGCCUCUCCAUUUCUCUGGGAUAGGCCAAACUUCAGCAAGUUGAUGGAUGCCGCUUUCGAGCUGAAGGAUUGUGAGAAACUGUGGUUCAUCGAUCGCACCCUCAAGAGAAGAAAGAACGCACCGGCUUUUGAAGAACGGUCUGAAUGCCAUGAAACGCUCAACGCAUUUUAUGCUAGAGAUAGGAGGUUCCUGGAAAUCGACUGCGGCCUUACCUCCCAUCGGCGCUACUGGAGCUUUCGGCGCAGACGACGCCCUGAUGAUGAGAAACUAAAGAACUGGGAGUAUGUAAAGCCCGUGGAUGACACAUCGAGUCGAGAUGGAAGCUCGUCUAUUGACUUUGUGCGGCAGCUGGAAGAGAGCAUUCGUGAAGAGCACAACAACGGCAAUAAGAUCAAAACUGGAUGUUUUAGUUUUCGGGAACGCAAAUUUCAUUGCAAUAUUGGACUCCUGGGGUGGGAGGAACUGUGA